AUGAUUACGACUUAUACAUGUCAACGUUGUUUACAAUUACCUCCACCUCCACCGAUAUUUUCUCUGGGUCCACCACCAAAUAUCUUAUCUAUUGAUAUUCGUUGUUCAUCUCAUUUCUUAUCAUCAUCAUCAUCGAUACAACAUAAAAAAUUUACUUAUUCAUCAUCAUCAUUGUCUGUAUCUGUCGCUUUGGGAUUUAUGAUUGUUUUACUUAUCUCAACAAGUACUAUUCUUUUAAUCAAAAAUCGAAUGAUCAAGCGACGGCAAGAACGUCAAAAAAGAUAUGAUGAUAAUUCUUCAUCGCACAAGUUCAAUGGACAUAAUCAUCAUCAUCAUCAUCAUCAAGAUUGGACAAAAUUCAUUCCAUUAUUAAGCGAUAGUUGUAGUAGUGAACAUACAUUAAGUACACCUCCAAGUGAAUAUCCUUGUGGUAUUAUUGAACCAUUUUUAACAAAUGAUAUACAUCAUGAAUAUGAACAAAUAAAAUAUGAACAUUCAUUGGAUAAAUAUUGUCUUGUUUAUUGUCGUCAAUGUGCAAAUUAUCAUCAAACAAAUUUAAUUCAAUCAAAUUAUCAACAUCAAUGUACAUGUCAUCUUCCAAAUGAUAAACAUAUAUUUGAACUUCAACCAAUGUUAAGAACAACAGAUAAUGAUGAUUCAAAUUCUUAG